GCCUUGCUUUGCGUAUAUUUUGUUCUCAAAUAUACGCGUUUUUUUUUGCGUCGUUGGGAUUUAUUUGCGCGUCGAUGCAUGAUUUAUGAGGUGCUGUCGCGUGUAAUCGGGGACAUGUGCGUCCGCCUCGGUGUUCCCCUCAACGUUCGAUCGAUUUCGCUGUUGCUCGACGGCAUCUUCGAUGAGGACGUGCUCGACAUCGCGUGUCAGCGCAUGAUGGAGGAAGGAAAGCUGGUUGAGUACGACAGAGAUUGGUACACCACCCGCAAUAUGCGUUUCUCGUGUCACGUGAAUUUGCUCGUGAGCCGUGAGUACCAGUGGCUCGGCAUGACGCUCAUUUGCACGGAGAAGAGCUCCCUUGUGCGCUACAUCCCAGCAAGCGCGGAACAUCGUUUCUUUGAGGUGAAACCCUCCACCGUUGGGCCUCACGCCGGAUUUGGACUGUUUCUGCGAUCCACGCGUCGUAUCCCGCAGGGGUGCGUUCUGUGCGAGUACCGUGGCCGUUCUUUACGGGCGGCCUCGAAUGGCGCCAUGCGGGGCAUCUACGUGGUGCGUGUGCGCUCCAGCGGCACCUUCAUAGACGGCGUGACGAAGACCGGCGAGUACCUCUCGCUGGCCACCUUCAUCAACGAUGACGGCCCUUUGCGGGCCAAUGCGCAGCUCAUGGAGUACGAUGCACACCCCGGUCGCGUGUUCAUCGUGGCUAUUCGCGACAUCGCACCGUCGGAGGAGAUCUUCGUCUUGUACGGGGCAACCUACUGGGGCUUCUCCACCUACGACGAGCUGCGAGUGCACGUCAGCGAGUCCACACCGAAAGCGGCGGGUGCGUGCACAUCGCAGACAAUGCAGGCAGCGAAACUGCUGUCGCAAUUGUUUAACUGCCCCAAAUGUGGGGAAAAGGUGCCAUGGCAGGCCGUGCGGUUGCAUGCCGAAGCCUGCGGCGAUCCCCUCGCGUCGCAGCGGCUUCUGCAUUUAAACUGCCUGCCGAGAAGCGAGUUAACGUCGAUGUGCAUCGCCGCCCGCAUCACCAACAACGAGGGAGUCCGCGCGUGGCGUAAGGCCACCUCUCUUGUGGACCUCUCCAACCCGCAGACAUUUGCUCACACGUACGAGGAUAUUGUGAAAGACCUCGAGUUUUCCUUUGCCGAUGUGGACGAAGAUGCCAGCCAUCAGUGA